AUGAUCAAUGCCGUGCUUGUCUUCAAUAACACUGGCCAGCCGCGUCUGACCAAGUUCUACACGCAGCUGGUCUAUCUACCAUCUCGUCGCCCAGCGCCCAGCGAGCGCCUGCAAUUUCCUUCCACUGCCCCCCUGCUCUCCCGUGGUGCCAGUUCCUCCGCCGCCCACGGCCCCUCCGAUGCCCCAACCCAGAUCACCUACCGCACCUAUGCGACCCUCUCCUUCAUCAUGAUCUCCACCUCGACCGAGUCACCACUGGCGCUCAUCGAUCUGAUUCAGGUCUUUGUUGAAGCGCUCGACCGCAUGUUCGAAAAUGUUUGCGAGCUGGAUCUAAUCUUUGGAUAUGAGACUAUGCAUGCCGUUCUGGGAGAGAUGAUUGUUGGCGGCGUCGUUGUUGAGACAAAUAUCGAGAAGAUUGUUGCGGGUGUGCGCAGCCAGGAGGGCUCAUUGGGGAAGAGGAAGGCUGUCCAAGCGGCGAGUACCAGUUUGGGACGCGGUACGCUUCCUGGUCUGGGGGCCUGGCGGUAA